AUGAGCACUAUAGAAGCACAGCGAUGUGCUGCUGAAGAAGCUUCCAUCAGUCAUACAGAAGAACAGGAUGUCCAUCCGAUUUAUCAGUGGCCUUCCCGACUUUUUUUUCUCUUCAACGUCCAGUCUCUACUCCUCCGAGCCUCCGUUCCUGAGUUACAGGCAAAUGAAGCCUCCUCACCUGAAAAUCUAGUUACUGGGGGCAUCCGUUGGGCUGAGGGAACUAUUGACAACGAGUUUCUCGGGCGCAAAAAGUCAAAAUGCUGCUGUGUCUAUGAAAGACCUAGGGACUGGGACGAAAGCCCCUCAGAGAGCAGCUCCUCUGACGAUGAAUGCUGUCCUGGCCACGACCGACGAGAUGAAGGCCAACGGCGUGUAAAAAAUACUAGACACACGACUAACUGUCGAGGGCACACUAGGAGCGAUUUCAACUACUCCAGGGUACAUAAAGCUGAAGAAAAUCAGUCUUAUCAAAGUCCAAAAGGAAGUGAUUCCGUCGACGGAUAG